AUGCGUGACGAGGAAGUGCGACCGCAGACGUCACAGCAACCAAAUUUAGGUGCACAACAGUCGGAGCGAGAGAUACAGGUAUCGGAGCAGCAGCGCAUUCAGGGUACGCAGUCGACUCAGCAGCAGCAGUGGAUGCGCCGAGAUAUGGCACAGCCAUUGGAUUUUUUCGCGAUGGGCAAUGAGGUGAGCCGCGUUGGCAUGCGAAUGCCAGAAUUUACGCCCGCGGAUCCUGAACUCUGGUUCAGUAUAGUCGAUCGCAGUUUCCAAGCCGCCGGGAUAACGGUCGAUGGAACGAAAUUCGGGUAUGCGUUGACAGCUAUCGGUCCACGGUACACGACGGAAGUUAGAGAUAUUAUCAUGAAUCCGCCCGCGGAGGGAGCAUACGAGACGUUGAAGUCGGAAUUGAUAAAACGCCUUAGCCUAUCGCAGGAGCAUAAAACUCGUAGACUCCUCGAACAUGAAGAAAUCGGCGAUAGGAAACCGUCGCAGUUUUUGCGACACCUUCGCGGACUGGCCGGAAGUGUGAUUGGCGACGGCGUGUUACGGACGGUAUGGCUGAGUCGAUUGCCGGCGUACAUACAGCCACAUUUAGUGACGCGCACGGCGGAUACACUGGAGCAGCUAGCGGACAUGGCUGAUGCGAUUGUGGAGGCGCCCAUGUUUCAGAUCGCGGAGGCUGCGCGAGUCCCGGUACGUCAGAACACGAAUGACGAUGCUUCCACUGAAGCAAAAUUAGAAUUGCGUUUAGCGCAAUUUCGUUUGAGUCUGCAGCAGGAGUUGGCCGAACAAUUGACGGCGAUCCGAAGAUCGAUCGAAGCGAUCGGGGAGCCGCGUUCUCGCGGAGAUAACCGCAGCGACGGUCGACGCCGGGGGCGUUCAUGUUCGAGGUCGCGCCCUCGAGAGCAUGGACAUGCUUCAAAUGGUCUUUGCUGGUACCAUUGGCGUUAUGGACCAGACGCGCACCGAUGCGAGGCACCUUGCUCGGCAGCGCAGGGAAACAUCGCGGCCGGUCGUUAG